GAAAGCUUCAGCUUGUCAAAAGUCUGACCAUCGUUUUCCGGAGAUCCCUGAGUAUGACUUGUAGUCUUCCUUGUCAAUGGAUACCUUGUAUAUAAGAAGAAGAAUGAUGGAUGAUGACAUUCAAGGAAUUACGGUGGUUGAUGUGUAUGAUCAAGCCAGUAUGAUUGGCAAAGAGUUCGAGAAAAUCAUAGACAUUCACGGGGUGGAUGCGGUGACUGAUUUAAUGCCCAAAGUAAUUCGGUGUUUAGAGCAACUGGAAGUGUUAGCGAACAAGAACGAAAAGGAAAACCAUGAGAUCGUGGAGCUCAGAUACUUGGUUGAAAAACUGGAGAACCAGAAAGCAGAAGCCGCCCAGAUGAGAGUCAAAUAUGAGCAGGAGCUUGAACAGAUCGAGGACAACUGGAGACAGGAGUCUCAGGAUUUGGUGAAGAUGACCAACAAACUCCAGGAGGAGAAUCGUAACCUUAAAGUGCUAAUCCGGGACCAGAAGGAGACCGCUGUCAUCAAAGCAGCAGAACUCACCAAAAAGUCUGAAGAAGAAGAAAUUCGAGUGCUAACAAAGUUGAAAGAGACUGUUGAUAAGCAGCGAGAACAAAUCCGGAAAGCUCAGCGAGAAAUGUCACAGAAAGCUGUGGAUUGUGAGGCAUUACAGGCACAGCUUGAGAGAAUGGCAAAGGUCAAUGCUGACCUAAGGAGGAAAAACACGACGUCACGGAAACAAGCACGCGGGCUGCUAGAGGAGAAGGCUGACCUCCAGACCCAGAUUCAGGACAAGGAAAAUCAAAUUGCGCAAAUUCAGAGAUUGUUACACGACCAAGACAGCACAGAGUUGACCAAUAGCUGUCCAGCUUCCCCUGGGCUUGGGAAACUGCCCACACUCAACUCUCCGGAGUCAGAAGAAGAAGUUACAAAGAUGGAAGAAAGAUUGAGUCAGGUUGGGAAGCUGGUGAUUGACAUGAAGGACCCAAACAGACCUCGUUUUACUCUCAGCGAGCUGAAAGAAGUGCUAUUAGAGCGAAACGAGCUGAAAACAAAGUUGAUAGAGGUGGAGGAAGAACUAGAAAUCUACAAGCCAAAAUCUGAGGAUGAAGAUGAGGAUGACUUUGCAGUUCAGGGUCCAAUCAACAGGGAGCCUGAAGACAAGCUGUAUCCUGAGAGAUUCAAGAAAGAAGACUCGGGCAUCAGAAAAUUUUUUAAUUUCCUUUUCCGUGACCCAAAGAAAAGUCGACGAAAGAGCCGUUCAAGUAGCAAACUAAGUUCAUCGUUCAGGACACAAACACAAAAAUAUGGCUCCGUGGAAACGGCGUCUCCAGCCACAGAACUUAACACACCCAUAGCGAACGCAGAGUUGGCGGAUUCCUGCGGCAGUUUAGAGGUUAGUCACAACUGAACUUCUUGCCAGUAUGGUCCCACAACGUGACGGCUCCACGCACAGAUGGUCAGACAUGCAGCUGCACAUUUGUCAUUCCUGUUGUAUUGAAUGCGUUGGCUAUAGGCUUUAAGAAUCACCAAAUGCAAACAAAUGUAUAUAGUACUUUGCUGAUUUGUCUUUCACGUCAGUAUGAUAUACACAAAUGAAUUUUUAGUCUGCAUAAGUUGUUACUGUUUUUUUAACUAAUUGCAAUGUUCUUUUGGCUGAGGUUUCAAUCAUGUUGAACUUGAAUACCGGUUGAGGAUGAUCUGUGUUGUUGUUGUUGCUGUGCAUCAACAUAUUUUUUAAUGAAUUUAUUUUUUUUGUGUGUGCUUGGUUUGAAACCUGUUUUAAAGAAAAAAAGACUCGCUUUAAUACCAUCAAUGACUUCUGACCCUUGCUGGUCAAAGGUGAGUUAAGAUUUAAGCCUGUUGUUUAUUUUUAGUCUGUAGUUUGUUAUGUAUUGCAGGCUGGUAUUACGGCUUACUUAAUACAUGUUUUAAACUUCUAAUACAUUUUUGAACAACCAUGCCAAACCGUCAUAACCAUUGGCAAAUCUAUAUGUUUUGUUUAGGUUUGAACUGUGUAUACACACA